AUGGCAGGUGCUCCAUACUCAUCUCAAGUCAAAACCGACCACGGAAAACCCGCCGUGAGGAAGAAGCGCACCACUGUAUCAGUGCCAAAGGUGCAGGUUCCCGCCGGCGAUAGCUUUUUGGCUGCAAUCAGGUCAGUGGCCACUGUCAAGCUUCAUUCGCCAACCUGCCACCUUGGUCUCAAGUCCAAACUCCCCGCUAUGGCGACACAUCAACAGGAGAUCAAGACGCCCGUGGUCGACACGAUCCAGAGCCCAGCACACAACGUUGGAGACUAUGACCAUUACCAGUACCAACCCGACUCCACCUUCAAAGUAGACGUGGCAGCCAACAGCCACGAUGUCUUGAAGGAGGAGAACGAGAAGGGCAAGCCGCUCAAGAAGUUCUUGUGGUGGCGCAUCACCAAGAAGCAGCGCAUCUUUGCCAUCCUGGGCAUUGUGUUAGUCGUACUGGCCGUGCUUAUCAUCAUCGCGUGGUUCGUGAUCGUCAAGGCCGUUUUCCAGCACAACGUCAACAAAAUCAAAAUGAGCGUCAACUACCUCGAUAUCAACCAGAUCUCAGACCAAACGAAGCUCUCCAGUGAGCUCAGCCUGCGUAUGACGCACGAUCUGAGCAUGAACGCUCGCUCGGAUGCCACUACGGCUAAGCUGCUGUACGAUGGCUCGACGUUCGCCACCUUUGAGUUCCCCGCACUGACGAUCGACAAGGGCGAGCAAUCCUACGAUCUCAACAUCACCAGCGACCUGAUCGUCACGGACGCCGACGUGUUCUCCUCCAUGUCUACCGCAGUCAUGGACGACGUCUCGGUUGUCUUUGACACGACUGCAAAGGUCAAAGCUCACGCUUUGGGCUUCAGCUACGGCGGCCUGGACUUCAAACGUGAGCUGUCGAUCGAGGGCUUCAACAACUUCCGCGAUCCGUUGACUGUCAUCGACCACAUUGACUUCUGGGGCUGCACAGAUGAGGGCUGGACCAUGGACAUUGACGUCAAUGUGACCAACGUCUCGCAGAUGGGACUCAAUGGCAUUGGAUACCUUAAUCUGACGCUGUAUGUGGAGCAGGACUACCUGGGCUACUUGUCUGGUAUGACUCCUGAGGUUGGUGUCCCUCGUGGCAUGAGCCAGCAGACCUUCAGACUGUUCGUGGACGUUGACAACCACUCGAACAUGGUCAAGAUGGUCACGGCCCUGAUUGAUAACUAUGUGCAGUACUUCAUCACUGGCGAGAGUUCGUACGCCACGGAUUACACGUUGUUCAAGGAUGCGCUGGCUGUUAUGAACAUGAGCAUCAUCUACACGGACAGCACAAGACGCAUCGACCUCAACUCGUCGUGUGACCUCGUGACUCUUCUAACGGGCUAAGUGUGACCUUGAUAGCGAGUACCAUGUUUUUUUUGCUAAGAAGGCGAAGUAGUCGACCAUGUUGCAUUACUAGGCGAUGUGUAUUUCGAACUAACGUCAAGAUAUGUAAAAAGUUUCUCAUUCUGACGU